UUGGGUUGGGAGAGAGAGAAGAAAAGAAGAGAAGCGAAGUCACCUUCUGACCUUUCUUUCUUUUCCUUCUCCUGACAUUCCAACUCUGCAAAAUACCCACUUUUUCUUUUUUUCUAUUUUCAACCAUUUAUUCUCUAAAUCUCAAGCUUUUUGUUUAAUAUUAUUUCAUCUUUACUUACCUAUUUUGUCCCUACCCUUUUGUCAAAAUCCCUCAUUCUUUGUCUCCUUUCAACAUCCCGGGCUUAUAUAUAUUCCACCAGCAAAAGUUCAGAUUUUUUCUGUGUGUAAGGUAUCUCUGUCUUUGUGUAACACCCCAUACAGCACCACCCAAGUUUCAAUUUUUAAGAUAAUUUAUUUGGUACCGGAGUUUUUAUCGUUUUGGGUACAUUAAAAUGCCCGGCAUUGUUAUGGAUGAAAUUCAUGAAGAAGGGGUUGUGAAUGAACUGAAUGGGAAUUCUACACCUAUCAAGGAAAAUUUAGUUGAAAAUAAGUCGCCGAAGAAAACAAGUCCACAAAGCCCUGGGAUUGCGGCUGCUGAUUCUCCUGCUAAUGAGGUUGUUGAUACCUCAAUUGAGCAGCUUUAUGAAAAUGUUUGUGACUUGCAAAGUUCAGAUCAGUCUCCCUCUAGGCGUAGCUUUGGAUCUGAUGGUGAAGAGUCUAGGAUUGAUUCAGAGUUGCGCCAUCUUGUAGGAGGGGAGAUGAAGGAGGUGGAGAUAAUGGAAGAAGAAGUGGUUGAUAAGCCUGUAUAUGACUCUCGUAGUGACUCAAGCUCUAAGAAGGGAAGUUCAUCCACUAAUAAGAAGUCAGUGAAGGUGGACAAGACUCAAUCUGUUUCUCCAAGAAAAUCAAAGAAACCUUCUCACUUGCAGUUGGACUCUGAAGCAUCAUUGAAAUCAAGUCCUAAGGGCAAAAGUCCUCCUGAGAAGCCUUCUAUGGGUAGGCGAAAUGAUAAGAGUUUGAAAAAACAAAACUCUGGUGCCUCUCUUGUGAAGAAGCAUAAAAAUUCUCCUUUGGGAGGGUCUAAGUUACAGGACGGAUCUCAGGAUCCUGCCGAAUCAGAGUUAGCCAAUCCAGAUCUAGGACCCUUUUUACUUAAGCAAGCAAGGGAUUUGAUUUCUUCUGGGGAUAAUUCUCAGAAAGCACUUGAAUUAGCUCUCCGAGCAGCAAAAUCAUUUGAAAUAUGUGCAAAUGGGAAGCCCAGUUUAGAACUGGUCAUGUGUUUGCAUGUUAUAGCAGCGUUAUACUGCAGCUUAGGCCAAUACAGUGAGGCAAUUCCAAUUCUUAAUCGUUCGAUUGAGAUUCCAUCUAUUGAGGAAGGUCAAGAGCAUGCCCUUGCUAAAUUUGCCGGACACAUGCAACUGGGCGAUUCUUAUGCUAUGCUGGGCCAGCUUGAGAAUUCAAUAAGGUGUUAUACAACAGGAUUGGAGAUCCAAAGACAAGUUCUGGGAGACACUGACCCAAGAGUUGGUGAGACUUGUAGGUAUUUGGCUGAAGCUCAAGUUCAAGCAUUGCAAUUUGAUGAGGCUGAAAAGCUUUGUCAGAUGGCACUAGACAUUCAUAAAGAGAAUGGUUCACCUGCGUCUCUUGAAGAGGCAGCGGAUAGGAGGCUCAUGGGUCUUAUAUGUGAAACAAAAGGAGAUCAUGAAGCUGCCCUUGAGCACCUUGUUUUAGCCAGCAUGGCUAUGGUGGCAAAUGGCCAGGAAGUGGAGGUGGCUUCUGUUGAUUGCGGCAUUGGCGAUACAUACUUAUCUUUGUCUAGAUACGAUGAAGCUGUUUUUGCUUAUCAGAAAGCACUCACAGUUUUCAAGACCACCAAAGGAGAGAAUCAUCCAGCCGUUGGUUCAGUCUUUGUCCGUCUGGCUGAUUUGUAUAACAAGACAGGUAAAUUAAAGGAAUCAAAAUCAUACUGUGAAAAUGCCCUUCGGAUGUAUGAAAAGCCUAUGCCUGGGGUCCAACCAGAGGAGAUUGCAAGUGGACUCACUGAUGUUUCUGUUAUCUAUGAAUCAAUGAAUGAGUUUGAGCAGGCAAUCAAAUUGCUCCAGAAGGCAUUAAAGAUAUAUAAUGAUGCCCCUGGUCAGCAAAGCACAAUAGCUGGAAUUGAAGCCCAGAUGGGGGUCUUGUAUUACAUGUUGGGGGAUUAUUCGGAAUCUUACAAUUCCUUAAAUAAUGCCAUCUCAAAGCUCCGUGCAAGUGGAGAGAAGAAAUCUGCCUUUUUUGGAAUUGCUCUUAAUCAAAUGGGCCUUGCUUGUGUGCAGCGUUAUGCUAUAAAUGAGGCUUUAGCACUAUUUGAAGAAGCUAGGAGUGUUUUGGAACAAGAGUGUGGACCAUAUCACCCUGACACACUUGGGGUGUAUAGCAAUCUUGCUGGAACCUAUGAUGCAGUUGGCAGGUUGGAUGAUGCGAUUCAAAUUCUGGAGCAUGUUGUUGGAGUGAGGGAGGAAAAGCUUGGGACAGCAAAUCCUGAUGUAAAUGAUGAGAAGAAUAGGUUGUCUGAGUUAUUAAAAGAAGCGGGCAGAGCUCGUAACAGAAAAAACAGAUCACUAGAGAAUCUCCUUGACGCCAACUCUCAUAGUAUAAACAAUGAUGGCAUCCAGGUAUUAUAAGGAUGUUUUAUAGAUUCAGGAACGAGUCUGAUGUAUUAUAGGACAUAUUUAUGUAAAAAGGAAAGGAAAGAAAGAUAAAGAAGAAGACAGAUAAAAUGGGGGAGGAGGGUGUUGAUUAGUUUUUUGUUGCGGGGGUCAAUGAAAUAAUUGCCGGGCGGGAUUGGUUGUUCUAUUAAUUUAUAUGAUUAUAUUGGUUGAAGGAUAUUUUAUUUUGUAAUAUUCUGUUGACGUAAUUAUGUUAAAGCUUCAAUAACAUUUUCAUCAUUUGUUUUUCA